CACAACGACUGAAAAAAUAAUAAAGAAAGAGCAACCACUAUAAUGUCCACGGCCACUCGUCCCAGGAACCGGGCUCGCUCUCACCUUCCUCGCUCGCAGUCGCAGCGAGCAGGCAUUCAGCGAUUCACAAGGACAUCCAAACCAGGCGCUCUUCCUUCUUCCAAAUCGCUCUUGCUGCUCGAUGGCGGUAAAGUAAUUGACGAUUGUAACAGUCCCUCCUGCAAACUGACUGCGUCUCCGUCGAAGAAACGAAAACUCAACGAAAUCGCUUCCACAACUACCAACGACGAUGCCACAAGUGCAGCUGAGGUAGUCGCACCCUCUACACAGGCCUUACCAGAUCUAUCGGUCGAAGAUACCCCUUCAAAGACUUUGAAAUUCUCUGAUCUCUCUUUCUCAACUCCCCGAAGCUCCCGGACGAGAUCUACCACGACCAGAAGCAAGAGCACGAGCACACGUCCACUUCCGAAACCACCUUCUUUCAAAAAAUCAGCCUCGAUACCAAACAUAACCGAAACUACGACUACUAUAAAACGUCCCGCCGCGCUCUCAGAAUUCCUCGAUCUUCACUCUUGCUUCCUAAAGGCACUAUCCCUACACUUUGCUCACAAUGACUACUCCGCAUCUGCCGAUCUUCGGGAACUUUUGCCGAGCAUUGAGAAAAUAUGGAAAAAACGUAAAGUCGUGCCGAAAGAUUUGCAAAGAAUUGUCUAUGUGUGGGAUGAAGAAUACGAGGGCAAUGAAAAUGGCGAGAAAAAAGAGGAGAAGACAAAUUCGAGUCGCAGCAACCUGCGAUUCCGGAUCGCAAACUAUGGAUUAGGCAAAGUGUGCAUCGAGAGAUUAGAUGUCUUGGGGUCGGGAUCACAAGGAAUAUUUGAUGAAAACGUAUUCCAUGAACGAUUUGUGCACAUUAUGGAAAGAAAAUGGCAAGAUCAAGGGGAGUCUCGAAGAGAUGGAAAGAAAGAUGAAAUGGAGCUUCCAUUUCAACUCGACAAACUACCUCUGGCUCCUAUUCAGGAUUGUCUCAAUCCCUGCAACACAUUUCGCAAAGGUCAACAACGACUCCAAGACCUCAAAGGUGGUGUUAUCAAGGUCAAGACGGCCAUGCUGAAAGCUGCUUCUCUGGCCUCGACAGCAUCAGGGUCCGUGAUACCCAUCGCUCGUGACCCAACUGCUGACCGCCGUAAGGGUUUAUUUGAGCGUAUCAAGAACAAAGAGCUUCUACAAUCAAAACUCGGACCGGCACCAACAAAGGAACAAUUACUUCGUCGAUCCGCCGCUCAAAGAGCUGAGGAUGUAGCAAGAGUUCUUGCCUUGUUGCGGCCUUCUUAUACUAUGACGACGAAUAAUAGCGCUGUUGUCGCUCAGAAGAAACCAUUCUCAUGGCACUCUCUUAUCCAGACCGUCCGAGACUCCCUUCGAAAUCCAAUUCCGGCAGAGGAGAUUGGUGCAUGCUUGGAUAUACUAGCACAAAAGGAUGUUGCUGGUGAUUGGAUUGAGGUCGUUACUAUUGGCAGCUUGAAAUCUGUGGUUUUGAUGUCCGGCCGUGACGUGUCACCGAAAGAGAUUGGAAUAAAAUAUCCAGCGACUGUUGAGCCUAUUUUCGCAUUUGAAGCGAGCGUGUGUGUGUGGUUAUUGCAUGGUGUAUCUGUAUGCCUCGCGCAGGCACACUAG